AUGCUGGUGCUGGUCGUGGGAAAGUGUGCCCGAUCCUGGUGCUCGGUCCUCCAGGGUGUCUGGGCGGCCUGCCCGACAGAUAACGAUAGCAGCGCGCACAUGGCGAUGACACCGCGGCACAGCGUCUCGAGUCAGCCAUUAUGGUCAGCGACUCCACCUGUAAACACAUCCGAGGCAAGAACACUAGGCUUCCACUGGCACGGCUCAUCAUCGCGUGGUUAUUUCCGCCCACAGCAAUGUCCGGCGCGGCUGGUCGGCGAAUUGACUAUUCAGCCGCACGGCGCCGAGCUGACCUUUCGCAGCGACCCGGAAGCUUACGGAUUGGAUGAUGAGUUGGCGCGUCCGCGGAUACGCUCGACUCGCAUCCCAGUGUCGCAACGCGAGGCAUAA